AUGAAUGAUGCAAAAGGAUGGCUACUUAAUCGCCUGCACGCUCUGCAAGCUCAGGCACUGACUGCAAAUUACAAGAUACCUCAGAAUUACAAAAACAAGCUGCAGGAUACGCCGGAUAUAAGUCCCAAUGAGCAGAAUGCGAUCGGCGAGCCGCUACUUGUUGCUGUUAUCAAAUAUCUUGAUAGUAAAGAAGACAGACUCAAAUACGUUCAGCUACUAAUUGAUUGUGGUGCGGACGUGAAUCUGCAAGACAAGCGGGAGAAGCGCACGCCGUUAAUGUAUACAUGCAUUGAAAAUGAUAGGACUGAAGAAGGCCUCAUGAUUAUGAAAGUGAAGGGCUGCAGCCUGGAGAUACAGGAUCGACUCGGGAACACCGCCCUUAUGCAUGCUGCAAUGAAAGGCAGAAAUGACCUAAUGAAUUAUAUGGUGGAUACGCUCUCGAAGGGUUGGGGCUUAUCAGCUCUGCAGCUAACAAAUUGUAUGGGUCAUACCGCCGAAGAUUUGGCAAUACGAAAUGGACACCAUCGAUGUGCCAGGAUUGUGCAAACGCAGCGAUUGCAUAUGCUGUCUUGUUUGAAUCGUCAGAUGGAUAUGGUGGGACGCAUCGGGUGCCGCCAGUGGAGUGCCUUCGCUGCGAUCUACAAAUGCAUCGACAAGUACCCUUUACUUCAUCCUUUUCGCCUAAGUUUUGAAAAAAAAAAAAAAAAAAAAAAAAAAAAAAAAAAAAAA